AUGAAGUCUGAACUUCCUUGUUCGGUUUUGUCUCUCUCAGACUUGAAACAGGCUGUAGAGGAGGUGUUACCCACCUUGACCGAGCAGGGUGUCCGUGUGUUUAUCCUCAGUGAGCACUGUGAGGUGGAGGGCAUUGAAAGCCUCUCUGAUAAAGUUCAGCAGGCCUCAGACCAGCCUCUGUCACCUCAGCUGAGGGCCAACGUUAACAUUAAGAGUCCCGCACUCUACAUCUACACCUCAGGAACCACAGGACUUCCCAAGGCAGCUGUUAUCAACCACGAGAGGCUAUGGAUAUCAACCUUUCUUCAGUCCAUAGCUGCUGUCCGCUCAGACGAUGUCCUCUUCCUGUGCCUGCCUCUUUACCACACUUCUGGAUUUCUGAUUGGGCUUUGUGGAGCCAUGGAACAAGGCAUCACGGUUGUUUUAAAACGUAAGUUCUCUGCCUCCAACUUCUGGAACGACUGUAGGAAGUACAACGUGACAGUUAUUCAGUACAUUGGAGAAAUUAUGCGCUACCUCUGCAACACACCUAAGCGAGACAAUGAUAAAGAUCAUAAGGUCCGACUGGCCCUGGGGAACGGGUUAAGGAGCGACACCUGGGAGGAUUUCCUGCAGCGAUUUGGGGACAUUUGUAUCUGUGAAUGCUACGGAGCGACUGAAGGAAAUGUUGGCUUUGUCAACUACUGUGGCAAAGUUGGAGCUAUUGGCAAAGAGCAUUUUCUCCACAAA